GGUCGGCUGUGUGGACUGUUGGGUAGGCUGCGUGCUAGCUUCGGCGCGGAUCCCUGGGCGUCCUUACGUCGGAGUCCUUCGUCCUCCAGGGUCCCUGUUCUUUGCGCCAGCGGGAACCACUAUCUCUGCACUCCUGGGUUUUUGUUACAUGGCUGCUUUCCUCAAAAUGAGUGUUAGUGUCAAUUUCUUCAGACCUUUCACCAGGUUUUUGGUGCCAUUUACCCUUCAUAGGAAGAGAAAUAACUUAACAAUUUUGCAGAGAUACAUGUCUUCCAAAAUACCAGCUGUUACUUAUCCUAAUAAUGAGAGUACACCCCCUUCUGAAGAGCUAGAGUUGGAUAAGUGGAAAACUACCAUGAAAUGUAGUGUGCAAGAAGAAUGUGUUUCAACAAUCUCAAGCAGUAAGGAUGAAGAUCCUCUAGCUGCCACCAGAGAGUUCAUUGAGAUGUGGAGAUUGCUUGGCAGAGAAGUACCAGAACACAUCACUGAAGAAGAGCUCAAAACCCUUAUGGAAUGUGUUUCUAACACAGCAAAAAAAAAAUAUUUAAAAUAUUUAUAUACGAAGGAAAAAGUGAAAAAAGCUAGGCAAAUAAAAAAAGAAAUGAAAGCAGCAGCAAGGGAAGAAGCAAAAAAUCUCAAGCUGCUAGAAACCACUGAGGAAGAUAAACAGAAAAACUUUCUAUUUUUACGACUUUGGGAUAGGAAUAUGGACAUAGCAAUGGGCUGGAAGGGUGCCCAGGCCAUGCAGUUUGGACAACCUUUGGUUUUUGACAUGGCUUACGAAAAUUAUAUGAAACGAAAAGAAUUGCAGAAUACUGUUUCCCAGCUUUUAGAAAGUGAAGGAUGCAACAGAAGAAAUGUUGAUCCUUUCCAUAUUUAUUUCUGCAAUCUAAAAAUAGAUGGUGCUUUUCACAGAGAGUUAGUUAAACGGUAUCAAGAAAAAUGGGACAAAUUGCUUUUAACAUCAACAGAAAAGUCUCAUGUAGAUUUAUUUCCAAAGGACAGUAUUAUCUAUUUAACUGCAGAUUCUCCCAAUGUUAUGACUACUUUCAGACAUGACAAAGUUUAUGUAAUUGGGUCUUUUGUUGAUAAGAGUAUGCAGCCAGGCACAUCCCUAGCCAAGGCAAAACGGCUGAACCUGGCAACUGAAUGCCUUCCAUUAGAUAAAUAUUUACAAUGGGAAAUUGGUAACAAAAAUCUCACCUUAGAUCAAAUGAUACGUAUUUUGUUAUGUCUGAAAAACAAUGGUAAUUGGCAAGAGGCUCUGCAAUUCGUUCCCAAGAGAAAACAUACUGGUUUUCUGGAGAUUUCUCAGCAUUCUCAAGAGUUUAUCAACAGACUAAAGAAGGCAAAGACUUAAUUCAUUUUCAAAAGGUUCUCUGAAUGUGCACAGAACACGUGGCUCAAAUGAGAACAUUUGAUGGCUUAAAAAGUAAAUGCGUUAGAAAUACAGUUCUGUUAAUGUAUUUCUUCCCAAACAAUUCAUUUUUCUCUUCUAAAGGUAGUCUUUCCCAACUGACUGUAGGGUUGUGUCUUUUCCCAAUUAAAUAUCUGCAGAACUUUGGGAUUAUACUUUGUUUACUGUAGAAAGAUAAUAAAAAGAGUUGUCCAA